AUGAAUAGCUGCAGGGCAGGAUGGCUGUGUCUGGAUCGGCAAAUAAAGGCUUUCUUGACUUGACUUGACUUCAGAUGCAGACUAAAGGGACACAAAGCCAGGAAGUGUCAGCACAAGAAGUGGUGUAGCGAGUGUAAAAGCACCACCCAUUGGGACUCAACCUGCAGACGGAAACGGCGGCAGGACAACGCACGAAAAGUUUCCGAGGAGUCGGGCAGUAAAGACUACGCAUUCCGAAUAAGCAGCGAGGAUGCAGAGUUCCAGUCAGAGCAUGGCGUCAACAAAAAGGGUCUGAUGGUGGACACAGGGGCAACUUGGCAUAUUGUUACAGAUAUGCGAAGUUCAGAAAAUUCGACGACAGUUUCCAGCCCAAGACACACUACGUAGAGUUGACUGACGGCACUAAGUGAUCAGAGUUGCAGAGCAAAGAGGGGAGGCAGAGUUUUGCUUGAUGGACAGCAGGGGGCAGUUCCACAAAACAACCUUGAAACAGGCACUGUACAUCCCCUCAUACCCACAAGACAUCUUCUCUGUGAAAGCAGCUACCUCCAAUAGAGCAACUGUGAUCUUCAAGCAAGGAAAAGACACCCUGCGACACAAAGAAGGCACAAAGUUCCCAAUAUAUGAAUACAACAGACUGUACUACCUGCAAACAGUAAACACUGAAGGUGUACUGCCCCUUGGAUCAGAGGAUGAGGAAUGCUGUGUUGAGAUGAUCAGCAGCACCACCAUUCAGCUGCAUGCUCCUGAUGGCCUUAAAGCUAACCGAAAUGGGGAAUACAAGGAGACACAGUACUCCUUUAAGAAAGUAUUCGGUAUUAACACCACUCAGUUGGAGUUGUUUGAGGAUGUUGCCAAGCCGCUGGUAGAGGAUCUAAUUCACUGUAAAAAUGGUAAGUCACUUGACAUGUGUAAUGUGUACUUUGAAGACUUGCCAAAAGAUUACUGCUAGUUUGCCGAGAAAACCAGCACGGCAGGUGUUCAAACCAGAUGAUAAAAAUGGCAUGGAGAUCCAGAGUUUGUUUGGGGAUUUAUUAGGACAAUGGGAACAUUAUAAUCUCGAUAUUUUACAGCAUAAUACGAAGAAUAUCUAUAAUAAAAUUAAUUUCCUAAUUCAAUAUGCAUGCAGACAAA